GCCUUCCGAAAUAUGUCAUCCCAGUCAAAAUUGUAGUGUAAAAUAUCCGAAAAAAUUAUUCAUGUUACAAAAUUUUAGUUCAGUGUUUCAAUAGUUGUGGGUUUUAUUUAUCAAAAUGUCUAAAAAACCGUUAGGGCCGGGGCCCGGCGCCUACAUGCUGCCGACGACGGUCGGGUUCCCGAUGCACGACCCGUCGCGCGACCGCGCGCCCAUGUACUCGUUCGGCACGCGAGCAGACUGCCGCGUCAAGGCCAUCGGCCCGGGCCCCAGCUACCGAAUCGACCGGGUCACGCGCGACGGUGUCGUCUCCUCACCUAAUUGGAGCUUCGGGUCCAGAUUCCCAGUUCGAUCCACGCUCCGCACGCCAGGCCCGGGCGCCCACGCACCCGAGCGCUGCCCGCCGCAGACAGCCAGAGCCCCGCAGUACUCAAUGGGCGCGCGACUCGGCUACGCCCUGAAGCGGAUGGUGCCUGCGCCCAACGCCUACGCGCUACGCCUGGGCCCCGGCACGCCCGCCUGGUCCAUGGCCCCGCGCUCCGGCUACAACCUCAAAUCCAAAUCGCCGGGACCCGCCGUUUACUUCCAGCAGAAUACCGAUGUUUACAAGAAUAGGCAACCUAUUUACUCGCUGGGUGCGCGGUUGGGCUUCCAGAACCGCCUCAAGACUCCUGGACCUGCGGCCUAUCCACCCAACCUCUACAACACUAAGAAGAAUCCAUACUCGUACUCAUUCGGCAUCCACCACGGAGCUUAUGCGCCACCUAUGAUCGUCAAAGAAGACACCAUGGACUGUCUGUGAAAAGUAGUCGUGGGGAGACAACUGCUACGAAAAUAAAUUGUUGAACCGGCUGAGUUCGUCAUGCGACGCUGGGUCUUCUUUUCAUGUUCCAUACCUACCACGGCAGUAGGUACUUGCCAGAAAGUACAUAAUACUUGGGUACCAAAAUGUAAAGAGGAAGACCAUAUCAGCUGAGAAGAGAAAUACCUAACUAUUACAAAGGAUUGAAAUAAUACCCACACUAUUUCUUCUUUUUUCAGAAUUUAGUUCAAUGAAACAAAUUUCAAUAUUACCUAAUGUUGAAUGCAAUUCCAUUGACAUGCACGUUUUGGCUAAUAUGAAAAUCGAAUAUAUUGUGGAAUUGAUUUUAUUAGGUACCUACCUAUCCUAAAUGAUCUAGAAAUGGUGAUUGUGACCGUGAGCUGCUGUUGAAAAAACUCCGGAGCCUUAAGAAAGUAUAUUCGGAAACAGCAUCUUCAUUUUAAAAGGGUAGUUAACGUUUCUCUAAACUCUUUGAAAACGCAAUUUUUUGUGCAGAGCAAGACGUGGCAAAUUGUAACACUGUUAAUGGAAUUGUAAAACUUCGGUUUGUACAGUGAAAGUGGUUGGUUUCCAAAAUUAUCAUGUUGUUUGUUUUUGGAAAAUGUUCUUGUGAUAUAAAAAUGUGAAAAAGUAAAUAUAAAAUGUUGAUAUUAA